AUGACCGCCAAAACGAAAAAGGAGCCCUCGCACAAGCAACUGUUACGGCUGUUCGUUGAUAACAUCAAGAAGAAUACUUCAGCUCUAAAAGAAUUGAAAUACUCGAUCGAUAUAAAAUACAAUCGAGACGCGAAUUACGAGAGAAUAAUCGAUAUAUCGAAAUCGGUCAACGAGAAACUCGAUGUCGUACACAAACUGAGGAACGAUAUUAAAAUAUAUCGUACCAUAAACACCAUAUUGACCAAUCAUUACAUUAAAGAAACGAGAAAUCACGAGAACANGAAUACUUCCGCUCUAAAAGAAUUGAAAUACUCGAUCGAUAUAAAAUACAAUCGAGACGCGAAUUACGAGAGAAUAAUCGAUAUAUCGAAAUCGGUCAACGAGAAACUCGAUGUCGUACACAAACUGAGGAACGAUAUUAAAAUAUAUCGUACCAUAAACACCAUAUUGACCAAUCAUUACAUUAAAGAAACGAGAAAUCACGAGAACACCGUCGACGGAAAGAUCAUUAAAUUGGAGAAACAAAUCAAACUUUCGUAUGACGGCUUAAAAGACGAGAUGUCAAAAAUGGCGGACCUCCUUAGUGUGGCCAGUCAGAAUAAUUCGAUUUUCAAAAACAUAUCCUCGCCGAUACAGAACAGUAACGUUUUCGUUGUCGGCAACGACAUGAGGAGCGGGCAACUCAACGAAUUGUAUAUUCGAAAUGAAAUAUACAAUAAUAUUAUUAAAAAAAUCGAUAAACUCUUUUGCGGUAUGGCUUACCAGGAUCGUGUCAAAGAAGAAGAACAGAAGGAGGCUGAGACUGCUCGUCUUGAGGAGAUACUGAAUAUGUGCGCGGAAUACGAACGGCAAAUUUCCUCGGGUGUUCCCAUAACCCCGACCGAGAAGAGGCCGCACAACAAGAUCAUCACGAAUGGCUCUCUGCCGCGGAGCGUCACCCUCAACAAUCCCAACUUCGUGCAGACCAACGACGGAUAUUACAAGUUCGAAACUAGUCAAAGUCGAAACGCGUCCUCGAACAAACCGCAACAAAUUCAAAGGAACUUAUCCAGCUAUGAGAAUUACGAUCCCGCGUCCCCCGCACCGCAACCCGAGCAACGGACGCCCGAGGUCACGAUAUCGCGGAACUACGGGAACAUAGGUCGCAUGGACGAGAUAGGCAUUCCCGUCGAUGACGAGCGCGUCUCUAGUCCGAUAACAAUGAGGAGAAACCAAAACAGCGGCAAACCACCCGCUGCCUCGCCCGUCGGGAGCCCAUACGAGAAUAUGUACCUGCGAAACAAUAUGUACAACUUAAACCCCAAAUCCCCGACGACGCAGAGUCCCAGAACGAAAAUAAAGACCAGUUUCGCGCAUAAAAAUUUGAAUUCGCCUCAAUAUUUCGUGUUUCCCGCUCCGCCGCCCGCCGACAGCCCUAACAAAUCAGAACUGGACAGGCAGAGUCCUAUCAGCAAUGCUAAUAACGUUGUCAACCAUGAAACGGCGACAGUAGACAAUGACUUCGAACGUUUAACCAGUGCAGUCGGGAUAGAAAAGCAGCUUAGUCUCGAAGAAGAGAUACCUAUGAUCGACGAUGCAGCUCAACCCAACGACAUAGAAUUUAGAUAUUCAAGGACUAUAGAAACAAACGAAACGAAACUUGAAGAUUUAGAGCAGACAGGAGAAGAAAAAACGACUCUGGUUAAGAACAAGAGUUUCGAUGACGUCAAAAAGGAGUUAAUGGCCGAUAUACCGGAGCUGGAGGAAUUCGAAAAGGAUUUGAAAAGAAACAAAAGGGACGAUAUAAUAAUUAAGAAUAUUAGUGAAGAUUUUAAGAAGAUAGACGCAGAUGCGGACUCUAUUGAUGGAACGGGUUUAGAUGAUAAUGCAGAUGAACUCAAAGCUAAAUAUGAGAGGUUGAAGGAGGAGAGAAAGAAGUUGGUCACAGAAAUUCAAGAUCUUAAGAUGAAGAUGGCGGAGAUCAGGUCUCAAGAGGACGACGUACUGCGAGAGCUGGAAAUGGAGAAGGCGUUAAUAAAAGGGGAAUACGAUUCGGAGAUCGCGAUCUUGAACAUCGAACAGAAGAAGAGGACCGAGUUAGUUGAGAAGGCAACAAGGAUCGAAGAGGACAUUCGGCUGCUGAAGGAGAAGCAGGAGGCGAGGCAGACUGAGCUGAGAGACAGGGUCGAGAUCGCCACCAUGAAGAUCGAGAACAUCGAGAAAGACUUGAAGCACAACGCGGCCACGGUGGAGGAACUUCAGAACGCCCAGGACAUAUUGGACAACGAAACGAAGAUAUUCGAGGAUCUGGAGUUUCAACAUCUGGAGGAGGAGUCUGAACUGCUGUCGAAUAAAGAAGACAUUCAGAACGAAAUAAACGUUCUGACGAAGAAAAUUGACGCUCAGAAAACGCGCAUCUUGACUUUAAAAUCCGAAGCCAAUAGCAACAUGACGUCGGCCUUGGACGAGACCAAGGUUCUCCACUCGGAGUACGUCAAGCUCCUCACCCAAGUUGAGGAGCUUACGGCCAGGCUGCAGGUCGUAGAGGGGGAGAUGAGGACGCUGAGGGGCGCGGGGGGCAGGCGGUCCCCUCACAGCGCCCCCCUCACGGACCCCGCCCGGUCCUCCCCGCGCAACUCCGACAGCGAAAGUCCGUCUAAGUCUUCCACUUCUUCGAAAGAGAAGAAAGGAUUUUGGGAAAGGAACUUCGAUUCGCUGAAGCGGAAAAAGAAAAUCCGCCCUCCAGACGUCCGGGCCGACGUCAUGACGCAGAGCCUCAACGAGAAUCUGCUGCAUAACAUCCAGAACUCAGACUCCGAUUUCGACCGGUUCAACAGUUUAAGGCACUCGAAGACCAAAAAGGAGCCUGGUCCAGUCAAAAGCAGCUCCUCAUCAAAAAUACCGACGUUUGCCGCGCUCGGGAAGAUCAUGAAGAGGGACUCGUUUGGUAGACGCCGCGGGACGGAUGAAGUUGAGGCCAAAAACCGUUACGUGAAGAACGCGAAACCGGUCACGAAUGACAACAAGUACGUCAAGGCCAAGUCCUUGUCGCCGGACAAGGCGCAUCCCCCGGGGGGGGUUGGGGGGCCGCACAGGAGGAGCUGCGGCGACGAGCCCGGCGUGUCGGACGGCGGCCGGGUGCCCUCGCAGGACGACAUCGACAGGAUCUCGCGCGUGACGACGGACGCGCCCAUACUGCCUACCGACGCCGAUAUGAACACCCUGGGCAAGAGGACCCUGGACAGCCUCAUGGAGGUGGAGAGAAAGCGACUGGAGAUGCUCGAGGAGCAAGGAUGCCAAGUGAUAGAAAACGAGAGAGAGAAGAUAUCGGAGCUAAAGAGAAGAGCACAAGACGAGACGAAGAAAUUGUGGGACCAGAAGUACAGGGAGAGGUCCUUCGAAGGAGACCUCGGGGAGGGGGGACCAGCCGGAGAGGGGGGCGGGAGGGCGCCAGAGGACUCCAGCGUCAUGGACGACAGCUUCAUCGGAAACUGUUCCGUCUUCGACGAGAGUUCGGGCUUGUUCUCAUCGUCGAUUGAAGAGUUGCAAGUCAGAAAUUCUCGCACCGAAUCAACUGAGGAAGACAAACGCAGCGAUGACAGUCGCCCGCUCAGCCAUGCGUCUGACUUCAGUAGGGACAAUAUUUUGUCGCUUAGCAACGCGCCACGCCGCAGCCGACGCGGCAUCGCACCCUACAGCGAGUCACAGAGGCCCCUCACGCGGUACCUGCCCGUCGACAGGGAAGACUUCGAUCUGCGGAGACACGUCGAGUCUGCUGGCCACCAAGUCGAACUCUGCCCCUACGUGAGCGUGACUUCGAGUUCGUGCCGCGGGUAUUUACAUAAACUGGGCGCCAAGUUUCACACGUGGUCCAAAAGAUGGUUCGUUUUCGAUAGAGAAACGAAAACCUUCGUAUACUACUGGGACAAGAGUGAGAAGAAACCCAGGGGCGGUGCUUAUUUCCAAGUGAUAGAAGAAGUAUAUUUAGAUCACGGCAACACGUCGAAAUCGCCGAACCCACAGACGACGUUCAUAGUCAAAACUAGACAAAGACGGUACUACUUAAUGGCUCCGUCCGGGGAAGCGGCCCGGAUAUGGAUCGAUGUGCUAUUCACCGGCGCCCAGGGAUACACCGAGUACCUCGAGUGACAGCGACCAUCGAUUGACAGAUGUCAAAUCUGACGUCUGUCAAACGUGCUGUACGAUCAUUUCGGUACUUUUUGGUCACCGAUUAUUUUUUUAGGGACUGUUCUGAAAGCGACAGAACAAUAGAAUUGAAUUAAAAUAAAGUUUUGUCAAUUUCGAAAACGACUUAAAUUUUUACAAUACGUCAAUUAAUGCAUUUGUGUUUGAAUAUGUAGCAACACUACGGUGUUGCAUUAUAUCGAUACAAAUUUUCCAAUUGUGUAGUGGGUGUUUAAGAAAAAGCGCCUUAUGUUUGUUUGAUUCCUGAACGAAUAUAGUCUUAAUGUAAUUAUAAUGUGUUAAUGCAUUCUCGUGAGUACACAUUAAGUGCGUAAGUGGGUAAAAUGUAUAGGUUUCUAAACAAACAGACAAACGAAUCAGUAUUUUUUUUAAAUAAGUACAUUUUAUAUAAAACACAUAAAUUUAUAUAUAUUUAUAUAUAUUUACACACAAAACAAUCGUGCCAAUUAUAUUGUACAAAUAACGUGGGAACGUAUAUUUUUAUAUGUGAAUCUUAAAGUCGCAUUGGAUCUGGAUUCUUAUACGACAGAAAUAAAUUUAAAAAAAACAAGAUGUCGUUGCGAAAUACAUAUUUCAUAUAACUCUUAAACCGCUUACAAAGUUUAAUUCAAAACAUUUAGUACAAUAUUUUAUUAAGACAUGUAUUGAUCAAACAUUUAGUCGGUAAAGUUCGCCGACUUUUCAUAUAUAUUAUAUACAUUACAUUAUGUAUAACUAUUUUUUAUAUAACACGUAUUUUAGUAAAUAAUCGGAUUCAUAGGUGCCUUCUAAUAAGACUGAACAAAAAUGAACGUAGACAACAUGAAUGAAAAUGUUUGUCAAAUGUAGUCGUAGUUGUGAUAAAAUAAAAAACCCUUUGCCGGUACAAAAUAAAAGUGUUUCAAAAUAAUAAAUACAGAU